AUGGCUAACCUGCAGCAGGAAUACCCCGGGGUCCUUCUGGGGAUCCUGGAGGAACUGGCCAAUAUGCGCCAGUGGCUGACGUUCCAGGACCUAUGCCGAAUGGUCAGCACCCGCUUUGACCUCGAGAACCUCAUUGAGCUCAGGAGUUUGCUGUUUGCUGCUGCCAGCCGGGACCCCUGUUUCCCAGCAACUCUCUUCAGAGACAGGGUUUCCACAAGGGGCCAGGGCCUCUCUCCCAUAGGCGUCGCUGCUGACAUUGUAACUAUCUUCAAUCUUAUUCAGAUGACGGGUGGGGCUCAAGAAGACAGUCAGCCAAUCAGAGCUCAGGCAAUCCUCCCAGUUGACCAGUACCCAGGCCCCAAUCUGCCUGGAAUCCACCAGCUGAACAUUUCUGGUCGAGAAAGAGCACGCGCCCACUCUGAUUCCGGAGGAAGGCCGAUCGACCAGCACUUGCUGAUUCCGAAAUCGAAUUACUCUGCCCGCAAGCGAGGAAGUCUUCCCCCCGAUCCCAGCUCCCUUGUGUCCUCCCCUCCAGUCAGAGCGAGGGCCGUGUCUUUCGACUUGCCUCACACAACACUCUUGUAUUCUAGUGGUCAAAUCCCCAACGAGGUCAUGAAGAAUAUCUACAUGCCUUUGGAGACGGACAGUGAGUCUAGUGGAGAUUCUGCACCUUUGGAAGUGUUUGAACCUGAAUCGGCAUCGUCUGUUGACCAGAAGAGAAACGUCUUUAGGAAGGACUUCCAUAACCAGCCGCCUCUUAUACCCCAGGUGACCGUCAACAGUGAGUCUCCUAGUCCCGACAUUUUAAAGAAAGGCUUUGACAAUCUCAGUUUGGAAACAAUCCAAAAUCCUUACGCGUCCCCUACAACAGUCCAACAGAGGGAGCAGAGGGCUAAACAUGAAAGCCUUGAUGACCUGCAAGACUCAACUUAUUUCGGACCUGGGUCUGUUGCAGAGUGCUCACCUCGACACCUGCAACCUCCCAGAAAUCAUAGACCAUUCUGGAGCAACAAGAGCCACAGUCUAGAGGACCGGAUAGGCUUAGGCACUGUUGGAAUUGGUUUAGAAUCACAAAGAGGGCAACUUCCCAGGAGAUCAACACCUGCUUUGGGGUCCUCGGGAGGUGAGAGUGGGGAUAGUGGAUUGCCAAGUGGAGGUGAUGGAGUCAAGGCUCAGGGAACCCAAACAGACCCACCGGACACGAGGCGCCUUCGUAGCCUGGUCCACGCUGAUCGCUUCUCCUUCAUGACCUCAUUAGAUGACCCCGACUUUUGUGAGGAUGACAUCAGUGUCAUCUUUCGUUUCUUAGAUGACAUAAGCAUGUGUGGUUCUACGGGAGUCCUGCACCCCAGCGAUCCAACAGGGGCCAUCAACCAGGACACCCCUGAGGCCAGACGUGGACGCUUAGGUCAACUUCAGAGGCUUUUCCACUCUUUAGAAAGCAGUGACGAUGGGCUGAAGACCAGUGUCUGUAAGCUGCUGCUCCGUAUGAGCCAGAUAGAAAGACAACUGGACUCAUUGAAUGAGGUGAAGGCCGAGAUCUCCCAGGUGCUCUCUGCAUUGCAGCGACUGGAUGAAAAGAUCCAGCAGCCUGUCGGUGGCAAUGGACAAGGCAGCGGUGGGCGAUGGCUGGAGCCUCUCAGUGGUGUCUCCUCCUUUAUGAGCCACCCUCUGACUCCUUCUGAGUCAUCGGAACCUCAACCUCUGUCCGUAUCUGGGAAUCUGUUUCCAGCGACCAGCAUGAGUAGUCUGGACUGGAGCCGCUGGAACACUGCUGGGGAGCUAACAGAAAGUGUCAAUGGUUUGGCUGAUUCUAAGGGGUCGAAAGAAGGGAAGAAAAAUGCAUCAUCCCGUCGUGCCUCCAAAACGCAGCCUGAAGAGAAAAUAGUCCCUGAUCCCAGUCAGCUGAAGGUUUCUAACCCUGCAAGAGAGUGGACGGUGUCAUUCUCAAAAAAUAAAGAUCCCAAAGCCUCACACAGGAAAAUUGAACAGACAGAUCAGUCGAGCAGCACAACUAACCUCCUCACGCAUAAGUCCUCCAGUCUGGUGGAACAAGUGUUUAACUCAUCCCUGUUCCGCCACAAAGACAGCAGUCUGACAGGGGUGCUCAACUCUGGGAAGAUUAAGGAUACCAGACUGGUUGAGGGGAGAGGAAGGCCUAUCUGGACUGUAGAUGACAGAGAGGCACGGAUUUCCCCUUUGGACGCACAGGCCCAGGAGUCUCUAAACCCCAACAACAUGGAGUUCUGGAUGGACGACAUCUACACUCCAGGUUACGAUGCUCUGCUCAGGCGCAAAGAGGCCGACCAGCGCCGGGCCAAGGUCUGCAAGUUGAUUGCACUCAUUGCCACUGGGGUGGCCAUCAUUCUCAUCAUUGUCAUUCCUAUUUGUACCAUGGGCUCAUGA